CCAAGCUUCGUGUCCUUAACUGAACUCUCUCAUCUCAGGAUCUCAUUACGCAGCUGUGCAAGUACAAACGCACCAGCCAGCUGCAGCUAGCAGCUAGCCUGUCGAUCAGCAAGCAAUGGCGAUACACCUCCCGGUGUCAAACCCUUCUCCUGGAAAUUAUGCUAACCCGCAGCGCCAGCGUGGCCACGCCUCGACCACGUCCACCGCCGGUGCCGUCGCCGCGGUGGCCGCACCACCUUCGACAUUCGCCCCGCAGAGGACACGCUUCACGGCAUCGCCGACCAUCGCAGUGAACACCAGGCACGCGGCGCCGGUGGCUCCGGUCUUCGCGCCGGCGAGGAGAAAUAAUAACGACAAGUCGACGCUGGCGAGCAUGUGGCGGGAGAUCCAGGGCGAGGGCGACUGGGCCGGCCUGGUGGAGCCGCUGCACCCGCUCCUCCGCGCCGAGAUCGUCCGGUACGGCGAGCUCGUGGCGGCGACCUACAAGGCGUUCGACCUGGACUCCGGCUCCAAGCGGUACCUCAACUGCAAGUACGGCAGGACGCGAAUGCUGGAGGAGGUCGGCAUGGCCGGCGCCGGGUACGCCGUCACGAGGUACAUCUACGCGGCGCCGGACCUCUCGCUCCCCGGAGGGUGCCCAAGCCGGUGGGUCGGGUACGUGGCGGUGGCGUCGGACGAUGCCGCGCGCCGGCUCGGGCGUCGCGACAUCGUGGUGUCCUUCCGGGGCACGGUGACCGGGUCCGAGUGGGUGGCCAACAUGAUGAGCUCGCUGGCGCCGGCGCGGUUCGACCCGUCGGACCCGCGGCCGGACGUGAAGGUCGAGUCCGGGUUCCUCUCCGUGUACACCUCCGACGACGGCACCGGCAGGUUCACAUGCGGCAGCUGCCGGAACCAGGUCCUCUCCGAGGUGACGCGGCUCCUCAAGCAAUAUAAAAACGAAGACGUGAGCAUCACGCUGGCAGGACACAGCAUGGGCAGCUCCCUGGCGCUCCUGCUUGGCUACGACCUCGCCGAGCUCGGCCUUAACCGGGACGGAAGGGGCAACCGUGUGCCCAUCACCGUCUACUCCUUCGCCGGCCCGAGGGUGGGGAACACCGGGUUCAAGAACCGGUGCGACGAGCUAGGGGUGAAGGUCUUGAGAGUGGUGAAUGUGAACGACCCAAUCACCAAGCUGCCCGGCGUCUUCUUGAACGAGAACUCUAGGGUUUUGGGAGGCAGGUUGGUGCCAUGGAGCUGUGCAUGCUACACACACAUUGGCGUUGAGCUUGCCCUAGACUUCUUCAAGGCAGGAGACCCUGCAUGCGUGCAUGAUUUGGAAGCUUACCUAGGGUUACUCAAGUGCCCAAAGGUGGCAGAGGUUAAGAAACAAGGGGAGGAUCUGGUAAGCAAGGUCACGAAAUAUGUUCAAGGGCAGAGUUUUCAUGCUGCUUGGAGGUGGCAAAUGGCUGCAAUUCAGGCGUGUGACCUGGUACAAGCCCUAGGAAUAUAGAUUCAUUACAUACAGGGUUUGUUUUCAUUCCCGUGAUUUUUGAGGGAGUGGAAAUUUACAUACCCUUGUAGAUUGACAUUUUUGCGGGGUAAAUGGCUCAGGGAAGAGUGCAAAUACUAGCCGAGAUACAAAGUUAACCACAAAUACAAGAGAUUCUAUUUAUACUGAAAUAUGUUUCUUA